GCCACUAAUCCUUCAACUAUCACCACCACCACCAGCUUGUAUCCCACACCUAAGUUAAUACUUACUAUCAUUCUUAAGACCGCCGCCAGUUCAAGCGAAUAGAAGGUCUGGGACGGUAUAUACUUUAACCUGUUUAGUUAAAACACAAUUACAGAAAUGUCUUCUAAAAUUUUACCAAACUUAUUGUUGCUACUGCUGCUGGCUCCCACAUGUUUUUCACUCACCAAAGAAUGGGCAGAGGUGUUGAUCAGUGAAGUGUAUAUUGGUAAUAAUUCACAGGAAGAUUUUAUAGAACUCAAUAGCGGCAGCGGAAAUUUUUCUUUUACAAAUUUCUCAUUAGACAUAAACAGCAACGACUCCUCUAGAAGUUUCCCUUUAGAUGGUCAGCAAACCAACAGCAAAGGGUUUUUAGUUUUAAGUGCUAAAAACAACAAGGUGUUAAUGGAGCAUUUGAGAGAGGUUCACAAUGUUACCAUCAACAUCACCCUCACUCAUCAUACACUGAUUCAUCAUACAAUUAUUUUAAGAUCCUUUCAAACUAAUGUUGUCAUCUGUUACAAAGAAGUCUCUCCCAUACAAUUGGCCAGUAAUCUAUCUACAGAAGGCAGUGUGAACAAUUGUCCCCUGUCACCAGUGCACAUUGAACAAGUGUCAUUUCUCAAUGACUCUACACUUGCUGUAAUCUUGCACAGCAAUGACUUACCAAAAUGGAAGUUGAAGUCCCUUGAGGUUAACGUCACACUUGAUGGAAACUUAGCACAUAGUACAUCACUUGAUGAAUUUACAACUGAUGACAAUGAAACUUACAGUUUAAGCAUCUCUUUUGACUCAAAACAGGAACAAACUACUGCAGUUCUCUUGUAUUUCGUCUCUAAUACUUCGGGACCAAUUGUUCUAGAUGGAGUGGCAUUUGGUAAUGGCAGCAAAUCUUCAAUAAAUCUGACAAAAAUUUGGACAUACCCAUAUCUGUAUCCACCCAAAGAAAAGGCUAUGCAGUAUAUUGAAUUGAACUCUAACGGUAACGGCAUGGUAAAAUUCUUUCAUUACGAUUUGUCUUUCAAAUUAUUUGUUUUGGUGCCAGGAAAUACAGGUCCAAGCAAAAACAAUGCUUCAACUUCUGCAUCAUCUCCAAUGAGUAGCACUAUACCAUCAUCUUCACCUUCAACAUCAUUAAACACUACCAUGACAACAGAAACAUUUCUGUCCACGAACUCCACAAACAAUUCUUCAGAGGUGACAACAGAUGUGAAUGCAACUACAUCAUCCAAUGACACUAUCUCUACGUCUGUUCCCUAUACAACAGUCACAGAAGCAUUCAAUGAUACGUCAACACAAUCAACUGAAAACACCACAGCCUCGAAUGGAUCCACUAUCACUUAUGCGACCCCAACAUCAUAUAACACAACUGUAGGUCAUACGGAAGAAACAACGACCUCAAAUAACAGCUCAACGGAUUCCAUGGAAAUGUCAACAUCAAAUUUUACGGAUGUAACAUCACAUGACAAUAAAUCUACACCUUCUUCCACAACCGAAACUUCUGACUACACCACCACCUCAUCAUCACCACCAUCAUCACAAAGUCCAACAGAAACAUCGGGUACUGUGCAACAUGAUGUUUUAAAGAUCAAUGAGAUAAAACUGGAUGGGAAUCUACCAUCAAAUAACUGGAUAGAACUGAGAAGCAAGGAAUCAAACUCUUCAAGUAAAUACGUUCUUGUUUGGUCAACUCUUGACCAGAUGUCCAACCGUUCAAUCACCUUUAAUAAUUUGAUAACACAAAACCAAAGCCUUAUGAUUAUUGACAAGAAAAAGGAUGAUUACAGUGAGUUUGUCAAGCAAUUGACCAUAGGGUCGGGUGUGUUGAAGCUGCAACAUGAUAAAAGUAACCAAUUAGUUGAUUGUGUCUCCUAUAUGAUCUCAGAUGUUCCUGUGGCAAAGGAGAGAAAGGCCAUUAUGCAAAACCAGUGUUCAAAGCACCCACCUGUCUUAAUAACAAAACGGUAUGUAUGUCUCUCUAAUUGAGUUACUCAUGGGUGU